AUGGCAGCUGAGAAUUCUGAAAAUAGCGUAUGCGAUGAUGAUCAAGAAACAAAACGACACGAACCAGUACACGGAAGAGAUGAGAUAACACAUUUUAAUGGGCAUGAAGAAGAUGAAGCUAGAGGCACAUGGAGACAUGCCGCUUUCCACGUCGCCACCACCAUCGCCACCCCGGCUGCCUACGCUCCGCUACCUUUCGCCGUAGCCUCUCUCGGCUGGCCACUUGGUGUUUGUAGUCUGGUGGGAGGGACAGUUGCUACUUGGUAUUCUAGCCUGUUGAUUGCUUCUCUUUGGAGAUGGGAUGGGAAGAAGCACACCACUUAUCGGCAUCUUGCUCGGAGUAUUUACGGAUCAUGGGGAUACUGGGCUAUUGCAUUUUUUCAGCAGGUGGCUUCUUUGGGCAAUAACAUUGCCAUCCAAAUUGCUGCUGGAAGCAGCCUAAAGGCAGUAUACAAGUACUAUCAUCCCAAUGGCACCUUAACAUUGCAGCAUUUCAUUAUUUUCUUUGGGGCCUUCGAACUUUUUCUGUCACAACUACCGAAUAUCCAUUCGUUGAGAUGGAUUAAUGCGUUGUGUACUCUCAGCACGAUAAGUUUUGCUGCUACAACCAUUGGCGUAACAAUUCAUAACGGGAGAACGGUGGAUCGAAAAUCUAUCAGUUACAGUCUACAAGGUAGCUCAUCUGCUAAACUGUUCAAAGCCUUCAAUGCUCUUGGUGCAAUUGCCUUUUCAUUUGGAGAUGCAAUGCUUCCAGAAAUACAAAGUACAGUGAGACAGCCUGUGAGAAAGAAUAUGUACAAGGGUGUAUCAGCAGCAUACACUGUCAUUGUUUUAAGUUACUGGCAAUUAGCCUUCUGCGGCUAUUGGGCGUUCGGUUCAGAAGUCGAGCCUUAUAUUGUAGCUUCUCUUACAACGCCUAGAUGGACAACUGUCAUGGCAAAUCUUUUUGCAGUAAUUCAAAUAUCCGGUUGCUAUCAGAUAUACUGUAGACCAACAUAUGCAUAUUUCGAGGGAAGAAUUCUAUCCAAAGAACCAAACAGGCGCUUUGUGAACGUACGUCGUUUAUUUUACACAUCAAUUUACAUGGGACUUGUAACAUUAGUUGCUUCAGCCAUGCCUUUCUUUGGGGAUUUUGUUUCCAUUUGUGGAGCUAUUGGUUUCACUCCAUUAGACUUUGUAUUCCCAGUUUUGGCACAUAUAAAAGCUGGGAGAAUUCCAUCAAACGUGAAAUUUAGGUUUCCAGUGCUAUUACUGAACAUUGCUAUAGCCAUUUGGUUCUCUAUAGUUGCAGUAUUGGGCUGUAUUGGUGCAGUCAGAUUCAUCAUAUUAGAUAUAAAUACUUAUAGGUUCUUUCAUAACAUGUAA